CCGGCGCGGCGCCGCAGCCUUGACCCAGCCUCUCCGAGAGUCCGCUCCGGCCCCGGAAAAGCAGCAGCUGGCGUGGGCCGCCCGGGGAAUGGGCGGCCUCGCGGCCUGAAGCCCCGGGGCGGGAAGGGCUUUGCCGGCCGGGCUCGCGCAGGGCUGGACGUGCCUGAGCGCCCGCGCCGCCCGCGACCAUGAGCGAGGAGGCCAUCUGCAGCGCGCUGCCCGCCGUCCCCUCCCGCAAGCUCGCCGACUUGCGCUACCUGAGCCGCGGCGCCUCGGGCACCGUGUCGUCCGCCCGCCACGCAGACUGGCGCGUCCAGGUGGCCGUGAAGCACCUGCACAUCCACACCCCGCUGCUCGACAGUGAAAGAAAUGAUGUCCUAAGAGAAGCUGAAAUUUUACACAAAGCUAGAUUUAGUUACAUUCUUCCAAUUUUGGGAAUUUGCAUUGAGCCUGAAUUUUUGGGAAUAGUUACUGAAUACAUGCCAAAUGGAUCAUUAAAUGAACUCCUACAUAGGAAAACUGAAUAUCCUGAGGUUGCUUGGCCAUUGAGGUUUCGCAUCCUGCACGAAAUUGCACUUGGCGUAAAUUACCUGCACAAUAUGAAUCCUCCUUUACUUCAUCAUGACUUGAAGACUCAGAAUAUCUUAUUGGAUAAUGAAUUUCAUGUCAAGAUUGCUGAUUUUGGUUUAUCAAAAUGGCGCUUGAUGUCCCUCUCACAAUCACGAAGUAGCAAAUCUGCACCAGAAGGAGGGACAAUUAUCUAUAUGCCACCUGAAAACUAUGAACCUGGACAAAAAUCAAGGGCCAGUGUCAAGCAUGAUAUAUAUAGCUAUGCAGUUAUCAUGUGGGAAGUGUUAUCCAGAAAACAGCCUUUUGAAGACGUCACCAAUCCUUUGCAGAUUAUGUAUAGUGUGUCUCAAGGACGUCGACCUGACACUAGUGAAGAAAGUUUGCCCUAUGAUAUACCUCAUCGAGCACUUAUGAUCUCUUUAAUAGAAAGUGGAUGGGCUCAAAAUCCAGAUGAAAGACCCUCUUUCUUAAAAUGUGUAAUAGAACUUGAACCAGUUUUGAGAACAUUUGAAGAAAUAACUUUUCUUGAAGCUGUUAUUCAGCUAAAGAAAACAAAGUUACAGAGUGCUUCAAGUAUUCUUCACGUAUGUGAUAAAAAGAAAACGGAAUUAUCUCUGAGCAUACCUGUAAAUCAUGGUCCACAGGAGGAAUCAUGUGGAUCCUCUCAGCGCCAUAAAAAUAGUGGUUCUCCUGAGACCUCAAGGUCCCUGUCAGCUCCUCAAGACAAUGAUUUUCUAUCUAGAAAAGCUCAGGACUAUUCUUCUGCGAAGCCGCAUCCCUGUUCAGUAAAUCACAGUUGGGAUACUACCAUUUCGGCAUCUCAAAAGGUGACAUUCUGUGAUAAGACUAUUCCAUACUCUACAGCAAUAAUAAAUUCACUCUUAGCUGAGGGAAAUUCAGAGCGUCUGCAGCCUGGUUUAGCCCAACAGUGGAUUCAGAGCAAAAGGGAAGACAUUGUGAACCAAAUGACAGAAGCCUGCCUUAACCAGUCGCUGGACGCCCUUCUGUCCAGAGACUUGAUCAUGAAGGAGGACUAUGAACUUAUUAGUACCAAACCUACAAGGACUUCAAAAGUCAGACAAUUACUGGACACCACUGACAUCCAAGGAGAAGAAUUUGCUAAAGUUAUAGUACAAAAGUUGAAAGAUAACAAACAAAUGGGUCUUCAGCCUUACCCAGAAGUACUUGUAUCUUCUAGGUCACCAUCUUUAAAUUUACUUCAGAAUAAAAGCUUAUGAGUCUUUUACAAGAAAAAAGUUGGUUUAUAAAAGGAUAUUUAUAUCUCUGUUGCCUUGAUAUUUUUAUAAAAUCCACAUGAGAAUUGGAGGCUUUACUGAAGAAUCUGCUUUGAGUAAAUACUAGUCUUCUUGUGUGAUAUUGCCAUAUUUUUUAAAUUAAUAUAAGUAAAAAGCUUGCAUUCUGCUACAUAGUUCAAUUUUUUAUAUCACUUUUGUUCAUCGAAACUAUUUUUUAAAGUGUAAUAAUUACUCUUCUUGUCCAUAACAGUGUCUUAAGGUAUGAUGUGUUUCUGAUGGAAGCUAUUUUCACACUCACUUUCUUGAUGGAUUAUUUAUUACUUGUCUAAAAUGCAGUUUGACUUUAUUAAGUAUAUACCCUUUAUAUACCAGAAACAGUACAGCAUUCCUAGCCUAUAAUCCUGGAUUCAGAUGUUCCCCAAAGGGUUAUUCAUUUUAAACUGUGUUAGUCACAUUACAUUUUAAAGCUUUAUUUAUGAAUUCUUUUUUAAAAAGUUGUUUCAAAGGUAAAACAAUACACAGUAUGUAAAAAAAAAAAUAAAUCUUUAAAUACUGGUUAUCUGCCCCCACUGUUAACCUCAACCUUCCCCACUGUCACUAACAAGCAAGCUAACCAGAGUUAACAGCCUGAUGUAUAUCCUUCUGCACCCUUCUUCCUGCUCAUAUUUAAAGUAUAUGCUUAUUUGCUACCGAGUCUUUUCUUAAUAAUGUUAUUAUCACUGUAAUACAUCGUACUGCAACCUGCUUUUUGCACUUAAUAAUACAGCAUGUACAGCUUUACAGAUCAGAUAUAGAUCUAACUCGUUCUUUUUAAUUGUUGUGUAAUAUCUGGGCUGCCCUUUUCUAUUUUCUUAACUUCUUCACACCAAGUUUAAACCCAUAAAAGUACAGUGUAAGCUCUUUUUUAGGUUGACGGGUUAUACUACUAAAUGAAAACCUACAAGGAAUAAUAGCCCUUUUCUGAAACUGCUUAGCAAAGUCAGCAAAAAGUGAGAUACAGGAUAAAUUUGGAAGUACAAACUUUUAAGAAGCACCAGACCCACAACCUGAAAAAAAGUUGAAUAAGAGUAAAAGCAAUGAGAUGGGAUUGAGGCGAUUAAAUAUUUUAUUAGAAAUAUACAAUAAUUAUUUUAAUCUCUGUUUUGGAGCUUGACAUUAACCUGUAGUACCACUUACCGUACCUUUAAGAAAUGUGGAAAUCAAUAGGGAAAAAUGAAAGGUAAACAUAUGAGUAAUCUGUUAAAUUUUAAAAAGUGCUAAGAUAAAGAUUUAAUUUGGGAAAUAAUAAGUAGAGAAAAAAACUUCUUUUGGAGGCUUUUCUUUUUCUCUAUAUAUAUUCUAAAAAGAAGAUUAUUUUGCAUAUUGAUGGCCUCAAAUUGACUUUUAAUCGAUUAGACGUGAGAUAUCUGGAUUGAUAAAAUGAACUUUGCCUGCUCUUUGCAGUUUCUACAGAGAUCUAAAAACUUGUAAUCUAUCACGUGCUUAUAGCUAUGUGCUUACCAGCCACUUUCUCCUACAAUUUGCUAUACGGAAGACACACAUGUAGCCAUCCAUCAUCACAGCUCUGCAAACUUUCCACAUGAGUAAUAACAUUGAUGAAUAAGGAGAUGGUGUCAGGGAUCAAGAUGAUGAGCUCCCAUCCUUCAUAGCAGUGAUGUUUAGGGGAAGAUGAAGCUGCAUAUGACCAGUCAUAAGACAGGGUCUGGCAUAGAAUAGGCACUUUCUAAACAACUCUUUAAUGAAUAGCUCCAUGGAAUGAAAGCUGGAGAAGGGGAAAAGAUGUUUCCUUUAAAUCACUUUUCCCAAAAUGUAGUACAAGUACAGCUAAUAGUAAGUGGGAUUAUUUUAGGCAAUUAAUGUAGACACAGCACUAAAUAACAUUUGAGUCAUAUAGUAAAGAAGUUCUUUUUGAACCUUCUAAUUAAGUAAAGGAGAAUGUCUCAAUUUUGUAUUAGCACCUUUUUAUCUCCCUUGUUAACAAAAAGAGACUGGGCUUUGGGCUCAGAACUUCUGGAACAAUAUUUAGCAAGAAUUUGAAAAUUAUUUUUUAAUGAUAUUCAGUUUGAAAAUGAGCUUCUACAUAUGCUAAGUGCUGUUAUAAAAAUAUAUAAAGUUUCAUUUUGUAAUAUUCAAAUAAAAAGACUAAUUAUUAUUAAGAAAAUCAUAGUGUAUGAAGGUGCAAACGAUCAUAGAAGUAGGAGAAUGACAGAUUAAGAUCAGUCUCUGCAGGAGGGGACCUAAUAAUCUUAUCUUUUAACUAGAUAGUUAAUCAAGUAGAUAGAUAAUGCUAGAGAUAUUCCUUACAGCGUAUUUUAAGACAGUGCUGCCCUUUAUUAAAAGGAUUUGUUCUGUAAAAUUUGGAUUCUGUGAAAAGGCCGCACUCAGGUAUCCCGAAGGCCACAUGUGGCCCCGACGUCAUGUGUUCACCACCCCUGCCAGAUUUGUGCAUAAAAUAAUUUCUCUUUAGGUUGACAGAUCUGUUUCCUGAUGUCUGAAUGCCAUACUUGUCUUCAGAAUUGACAGACUUUGAACUGAAGUUUCAUUAGAAAAUUUUACUUUUGUUUUGCAUCCAAUUUGAAUUCCCAAAACAAUUUUAGUCAUGUUUUGCAAUUUGGAAAGACUGUUUCACUUAAAUAUGAUAAUCGGAUAAAUAGAUUAGAAUCUACAACUCAGUUCUUGAAGGAAGAUCUUCAAAAAGGACAAACACUUGAAUUAUGGCAGCAGAAGAGUCAGGCUGAUAUAGGAGGAGCAAUACAAGAAGCAAAACCAAGUUGUGCAGAGAGUUAUGUGAAAGAAAUUUGCAAAACUAUGAAAGACUGGGGUGUUGCAGCAAUAGUAUCAAGCAGUGGGGGCCAGUUUUUAUUUCCCUCCAGCAUUAAUCCUCUGCCCAUCCUCAACACCCCCCCAGUCAAAUACUCAGUUUUCUAACUUAUGAAAACAAAUUACAGCCAAUUGGGAAAGAAUGAAAAUCAGUAAACCUUCAUGCUUAGCUCCUAACAAGCAUCUCAUUAGUUUCAGAAAUGUGUUUCUCUAAAAUCAGACCUCCCAUCUCAAAGAGCCUAGUUCCCAAACUACCACUUGCUUUUUCUCUCUCUCUACCGGAUCACUUCUUUUCAACUUCAAACACCCAGAUUUCCUUUAAAAACAAAAUUUCUUUGCCUGACCUAUUGCUUCUCAUACUUUUCCUGGAAAUUUUUCUACAUUGCCUUUAUUUUUGUUACUUAUGUCUUACUUAUUUAAAAUUCGAUGUCAUAUAAUUAAUGAAUGAGUUGAAAGGAACAAGGAUGCAUCUGGUCCUUCAAAUUCCUUUAAUGUAAAACUGUUAAUAGACAGUUAGCUCAUGAUUAAACACUUCUUUUGAUAAAGGGGAGUUUACUGCCUCUUCAGGCAAUUUAUUUCAUCUCCAAACAGUACUAUCAGUAAUUUCAUACAUUGAUUUAAAAAUCUAUUUCCCUGUAGUAUAUAUCUAUUGGUCCCGGUUCCAAACCUUGGGAUAAUUUAUAGGGUAAAUCUAAUCCCUCCUCCAUAUGACAGCAUUUUAUGUAUUUCUAAACAACUUUCCUGUUUCUGAUGGGUUUUUUUUUUCUGCUUCAGAAUAAUUACUAUUUCCUUCAAUGGUUAUUUAAGAAGCAAGGUCUGUAUUCCUCUCAAAGUAUGGUGGCAUAACUGAACACAAUGCUCCUAGUCAGGUCUUACCAACAUAGUUGGAAUAUUUCCUCCCUUAUACUUAAAUAAGAUAAUAAAAGCCCAUUUUUAGCA